AUGGCGGCUUUGGAACCUUCCGAGGAUGCUAUUUCCACAGUCAUCGAGAUAACUGAGCUGGAUCCUGUGCAGGACCGGGAUAUGGUCAGGCAGGCGUUAAAGAGUAACAACGGCGAUGCUCAAACAGUCAUUCUUAACUGGUACGAAGACCGUGAUGGCUUUCGACAGAAGUAUACCAAUAAGUGGGACGAGUCAAUGUUCCAGGCCGACAGAGAUGGCUCGAAUUAUAAUAACGGGAUAUCUUUCCAUAUCGAAUCUUCGAACCAAAACGACAUUGUUUCAGGCGCAACUCCUCCUCCAGACGCCCACGGGCUAACUGCGCCGUCUCGCCCUCCAUCAAGAACGAAUAAUAGGUCACCGUUAGCUAGGGUCGUAGAUUGGACUACGGUCAACGCAUCUGUGGGACCUCCAACUGCCCACGACCAGGAGGAUGAGAAUUUGCAGCGGGCACUGCGAGAAUCAGCACAAGAAGCCGGAAUCAGUGUACCUGCCCAGGAGUCGGGCGUGAUCAACGCCUCGGCCCCGGGCCCUUAUUUCGGCCCUGCCAACCGGAACGACUAUGAUAACAACAACUGGGCAAUGGUCCCCGCAACAAAACCAGAGGUUACUGUUCGCGACUACGUUCCCGGGCCAUCGUCAAGGAAAAGAGUGGAUGGCGCGCCGGCCUUUCUGGUCCAGGGCGACACUUCUGUCAGUGAGCAUCGUCUUGGUGGUCUUCUGACGAUUCUUCAUGAAAUCCCGCUUGCUAGAAAUUCCCUACUGGAAGCAGGCGGUGUUGCGGCAUCGUACGGGCACAAUAGCGAGUGGUGGCGGGGGCAGGAGAUCCUUGCCCCGCAUGUCCUUGCCCGGUUACAAGCUGGUGAGAUUACCUUGGCCGACAAGUCGGAGACGAGCCCCGUCUUUGAAGAGGAAAUCCAUCGAUUGAUGGCAUUCCUGGAUUCAACCGAUCGGAGCUAUGGGACUGUCAGCGUACUCUUCAACCUGAUUCCGUUCCCAGGUUUUGGACCCGAGAAACAGUUCUAUGACCAAUUUGCGCAAAGGAACCCAGUAGCAGUCCAGCCGCUGUACUCAAAGGUCAUUUUGAGCCAAGUUCAAGACGGAGAGGACCAAAACGAAGAGGUCUCAUUUGGACUUCUCGAGGUGGAGCAUGCGAAAAGCGAGUUUCAAAACAUCAAGACCUUGUAUGAAUCGAUAGACCACAUAAUAUGGGGAGAUCUUCUCGCUUGGGGAGACCCCGCUGAGGGCACGAAGAUUGCCUACUUCCGAGAAAUGGGUGAAAUCUUCGUUAUCAACAUGACGGGGGACCUUCCUGAUCCAAACAGCUUUGAGAUCCCUGAGGUAUUUUAUCCGGAGAGAUGGCUUGAGAAUCGCAAAGAAGAUGCCUUGCGGAUGAUGAAGUCGUGGGAGCAAACGAAAAGGGCCAUCAGCAUCUUGGAAGCCGCCGAGCUGAGACUCUACGAAGUUCGGGACGAGGAAACUGGGAUCAUCCAUGAUAGACGAGUCCUGGCAGAAAAAGCGACAGAGCAGUGGGAAGCAUAUCGGGAAUAUCUUGAAAGCCGCUCAAAAUUCCGCACCGUGGCAGAAUCAGGCUUCGACUCGCACAAGCACCCCGAUUACCGUUCUGCUCCGCCCCAAAUGACGGAGGAGGAGCAGAAGCAAUAUGAGAGAAUAGGCGAGGUGAUCAGCUAUACCAAGGGCCUCCUAACCGAUGUUUCACAAAAAGUACAAGCACUACAUGCCGAAUUAGAGAAGAUUCGAGCCAAGCAACGCAUUCUUGGACGAUUGCUUACUGACCCGAAUGUACUUGGACGGGCCAAGCCAAUGGCCUGUAACAAGUAUCUACUUCGAGGAAUUGCAACAUCUCCAGAUGUUGUUUAUGUGUGCAAAAGAGAACCAGAACAACUAAUAGACCUUGAGGAUGGCCCUCGGUCACGAGACCAGUGGUGGCGGCUAGCUUAUGUGGCACAUGAUGUUGACGAACCCGUCAAGGCCGAGAAACUUGACUUUGCACAAGUGAGCGUCCGCAUAUGGAAGGACAAUGUGCCUCCUAUGCUCGUCUAUGCUACAGAGAUGGCUGUCGACACCCCCAUUGACCCCCUUCCUGAGGCCCUCGAGCGGUUUGUGAAGGCUGAGAAUAAGGUGUUUGCCCAAGAGCUAAGCCGCGAAGAACGGGAGGCUCGCGAAGAGAUUAGUCAGGGGUCGAUCGAUGCAAUGGCCUCACCUUCUAAGAGAAAACAUCGUUCAGACAGUCCCGAUUCUAUGCUCAGCAACCGGGCAUCGUUGGGUAGCGAUGAUAAUGACUUCUUCGACCGCCCCUUUGAGGACAGUGGUUUUGAGGAUCAUGGUUUCGAGGACCACGACCCUAGUCCCGCAGUUGAGAUGGCGCAAAUGGUCCAGAUGUCGCCAACCAAAGCCGGGUAUUCCGUGCGAUCUUCCGAUAUAGCAGGAUUUGGAGAAGGCACAAAGGUGCCCCCGCCGCUGCCAGAUCGGCCUCCCAUCCCCCCGAAACCUACUUCUUUGUCCUCGAAACCUCAUGUCCAAGCAGCUCCUUUGUCAUCUGAGCCACCACCAUACAGCGAAACGGCUGAGCCCCCGUUGCCCGAAAUGCAAGAGCUGGCGAGGCCGCCUGCAUUCAUGUCAUCCAAUGGCAAUUCAAACAAAGGUGGAACGACAGUCUCGGACAUGUCGAUUCCCGAUCAUCAUGAGUAG